CCCACACGGGAGAGAAGCCAUUUAAAUGUUCCGAAUGUGGCAAGGGUUAUUCACAGUGGACAAAUCUUGCUCAACACAAAAGAGACUCACACAGGAGAGAAGCCGUUUUCUUGCUCUGAAUGUGAAAAAGUAUUUUCAUGGAAGAAAUCCCUAAUUAAUCACCAGAGGACUCACACGGGAGAGAAGCCAUUCCGUUGCUCAGAAUGUGACAAAUGCUUCUCUCACAAGAUUAAUCUUCUUGCACAUCUGAAGACUCACACGGGAGAGAAGCCAUUUAAAUGUUCGGAAUGCGGCAAGCGCUUUUUACAGAGGGCACAUCUAGCUCAACAUGAAAUGAUUCACACGGCAGAGAAGCCGUUUUCUUGCUCAGAAUGUGAACAAGUCUUUUCAUGGAAAUCAUCACUAAUCAGCCACCAAAGGAUUCACACCGGAGAGAAACCAUUUAAAUGUUUAGAAUGUGGCAAGUGGUUUUCGCACACGAAAGGUCUUGCUCAACACGAAAAGAUCCACACAGGAGAGAAGCCGUUUAAAUGUUCCGAAUGUGGCAAGUGCUUCACACAAAAGGCACAUCUUAAUCAACAUGAAAAGUCGCACACAGGAGAGAAACCAUUUAAAUGUUCCGAAUGUGACAAGUGCUUCGCACAGAAGGCAUCACUAAUCAGUCACCAGAGGAUUCAUACCGAAGAGAAACCAUUUAAAUGUUCAGAAUGUGGAAAGUGCUUCUCAAAGAGGAUAUAUCUUGGUCAACACCAAAAGAUUCACACAGGAGAGAAGCCGUUUUCUUGCUCAGAAUGUGAACAAGUCUUUGCAACGAAAUCAAAACUAAUCCGUCACCAAAGGAUUCACACAGGAGAGAAACCAUUUAAAUGCCCAGCAUGUGGCAAGUGCUUCUCACGCAGACAGUCGCUAAUCGUACACCAGAGGAUUCACACAGGAGUGAAGCCAUUUAAUUGUUCAGAAUGUGACAAAUGUUUCUCUGAAAAGUGUAAUUUUGUUGAACACCUGAGAACCCACACAGGAGAGAAACCAUUUAAAUGCCCAGCAUGUGGCAAGUGCUUCUCACGCAGAGAAACACUUGUGAAACAUGAACAGAGGCACACCGGAGAGAAUGUAUUUUCUUGCUCCGAAUGUGAAAAAAUGUUUUUCUCUAAGCAGUCGCUAAUUGUACACCAGAGGAUUCACAUAGGAGAGAAGCCGUUUAAAUGUUCAGAAUGUGGCAAGUUCUUCUCACAAAGGGCACAUCUUAAUCAUGAAAAUAUUCACACAGGAGAGAAGCCAUUUUCCUGCUCUGAAUGUGACAAAUCUUUCUGUUUAAAGGAAAAUCUUUGUAGACAUCUGAAGACUCACACAGGAGAGAAGCCAUUUAAAUGUUCAGAAUGUGGCAAAUGCUUCUCACAAAGGACACAUCUUAAUCAACAUGAGAAGAUUCACACAGGAGAGAAGCCAUUUAAAUGUUCAGAAUUUGGCAAGUGCUUUUCACAGAAGGCAUCACUAAUCCGUCACCCGAGGAUUCAUACUGAUUAA